CAAGUCUCAAAUUUAAAAUAUAUAUUCGCUUAAAAAAGCUUUUAAAAUUUUUUACUUCACCAUUUUCUCGUUUUUUUAUUUUGAGUUUUUAAUAAAAUCAUGGAAUCAAACAGACUUGUUAUCGACGAUGACAACUUUGAUCGUUACAAUUACAGAGAUAGUGACUGGAGUGAAGGAGAUGUAGAUGAUGGGUUCUAUUCCUUUCCCAACUAUAAUAAUGAAGACAUCGAUGACGUUGAAAAUGAACAAAAUUAUUAUUUUGAUGAAGUGUCCAUGCAUAAAGACGAUGGAAAAUUAUAUAUCUUUCUUUACUACCUCUACAGAAACUGCAUUGUGCCCUCAAUGUUGCAAAUUUUUCAUCAUUUGAAGCUCCUGUUACUGCUCUGUGUGAUUUUCAAUUUAUCUGCUGUAUUUUUUCAAAAAGUGUUGUCUUUUAACUUACUAUCAAAUGAGUUGCACAACAAGUUAUUGCAUUGUGUAUCAUUUGUUAUUGGUUUGGUAGCAUUGCAUUCAUUUCAAGGCAGUAAAAUAAUAAACUUCCUCAGUCUUAUUUGCAUUGUUUACGGCACAUUGUUCUUCUGUGAAUACACAUCUCCCAAGAAAAGUAUCAAGGGACCAGUCGUUACCUUCAUUGUCUUGUCUCACUUAUUAAUAUGUGAGUUGAUAUGUUUCGACCAAUCAACAUGGCACACGAUAAGAGGAACUCAGAUGAUACUAUCUAUGAAAUUAAUAUCUCUUGCAUUUGACAUAGACAACAAAGUCAUCAAGCAUAUCCCUAAUUUUUUUAAUGUGUUUGGGUACUCACUGCAUGUUGGGUCUUUAAUUUUUGGUCCCUGGAUUUCUUAUAAGGAUUAUCUCAAUUGUUGCAGUUCAAUUUGCACAUUUACAACAUUGAAUUGUGGAAAGUGGUUAGUGAAGUGUUCCAUAUGUUUAACAACAUCACUGAUCUGUUUGAUUAUUUCAACUUGUUUUUCUGAGGUACUUGCUUCUCAUCAAUCAAACAUUUGGCUGCAGUCUUACAAAGAAGCACUAAGUUUUAGAUUCAGUCACUAUUUUGUUUGCAAGCUAUCUGAGGCCACCAUCCUCCUAUCUAGCAAUAACUUCAAUUAUGAUGUACCAAUAACAAAGAUUCGGAAUAUAGAACUACCAAGGAGUUUGGUGGACGUUGUAGUCAGUUGGAACAUCCCUAUGCAUAAAUGGCUCAAGACUUAUAUCUUUCAGACUUCGAGGCACCUUGGAGACCUCGCAUCCAUAUUGAUAACUUACAUCAUAAGUGCUUUUCUUCACGGUUUAAAUUUUCAACUGUCGGCGGUCCUGUUGUCGCUUGGAAUUUACAGUUACAUUGAAUACAAUUUGAGAAGAAAGCUAUCAUACCUGUUGAAUGCAUGUGUGCAAACUAGAUCGUGCAAGGCAGGCUGUCAACAUAGACAUCAACACGACCUGAUAGUUCUGGCCACCAACUCCAUUUUCUUCGUCAUCACCAUCUUCCACCUUGCCUAUCUUGGUUGUACCUUUGAUAACAACGACACGCAGACACAAGGCUACAGCAUGGCGCAUACACUUUCAAAGUGGAGUCACCUAGCAUAUGCAAGCCCCAUUUUGGCCAUCAUGAUGAUGUCAAUCAAUUUUAUAUUACGAUGCAAUCAUCAUUCUCGCUAAUUUUAAACCGUCAUAACAUAGUUGCUAUAUGUAUCAAUGUUUGAUGGCAGUUCUCAUGUAAAAUUGCUCUUUACACUUAGUUCAUACAUAUCUAAGCUUUAAUACCACUUCUAUUUUUAAAUUUUUGUUUUAUGUUUUGUUGUUAAAAAUGAAUCAUAAAUCAAGUUUAAAUCAAGUUUUCAAUGGUUAAAAUAGUAGAGACAAUAGAACUAACUAUUAAUUAUAAAUGAAACGUGACUAGAUAUAAAAUACACAUGGAAAAUUGUGAAGAUCACGAAACAAAUAAAAAGAAGCUUGAAAAAUUAGCUAUAAAACAUUAGAAAACAUUCCAACAUAUGAACUCUGUAAGAUCAUCUCAAAUGAUUUUGGCUCAGUUGUUAUUAUCUUCAAUAACUCUGUUCAAGUUC